GUCAUGUUGUACAUAUCGUACGUAUCGUACUAUUGUAUUUUUAUAUAAUGGAUUUCGUAUGUGAUAUGUGAUAUGCAAUAUGUGAUGCAAGCAUCUAAAUCUCUAUAAAGCAGAGGAUUUCCUCUCUUCAAAACUCAUAUCUUCACUUCCUCACCACUUCAACACAGAACAAACCUCACUUCAUAUCAAUAUCCUCGCCCGGCACCAAAUCAAAACAUCUCACAUAUAACGAGAAAAAUGUUCACCAAAUCUCUCCUUCUCAUCACUGCUUUCACAGCAUCAGUUCUCUCGGCAUCUGUGCCGGUGGAUAUCGUUGGAAAACGUAGUACUACUGCUUCGAGUGCUAUUCCGGAUGUACAGUGGAAAGUGACGGAUUUUACUAGACGUAUGUUUUAUGGUUUCUUUUUUGAGCUUUGGAUUUGUUUGGGAGUUUGGGAGUUUUCCCCUCCUUUCCCCCACGGGCUUGAUGAGGAUGUGGAUGAGAUUUGGUGGGAUCGGAGGCGAUGGGGAUAGUAGGUGAAGUGGAUGAAAUGGAUGAAGUGGUUGAAGUUGAUGACGUUGAUAAAAUGAGUGGAUGAGAAGAGGGCUUGGAGCAUUACAUCGAGAUAAUCUUACUAACUGUCUACACAGCAUGCACAGCAACAAUCUGCACCUACAGUUUCAAUAUUAAUCUGAUUCCCACAAGUGGUGCUACUGUCAAAGGUGAGCUUUUCCCUCCCUUUUCCCAUCCUUUCCCUCUCUCCCCUUCAUCCCUUCCCUUCUCCCUCUUCCCCUUCCCCCUCUCCCCCUUCCCCUACAUCCUCCUCCUCCACUAUCACCUCUUCUCCCAACCUCCAACUAACCCCCACCCAAACAGUACCCUGCCUUUACAACGAUACAUCCAGCACACCCCCCAGCAGCGCAACCCCCCAAACCCAUUCCUAUUCCUCUCUCUCCUGCAGCAAAACCAGCAAUGCCUGGCAGGUAAACUGGGGAUAUAACACUGGUGGAGAUUUUGCCGUUAUGACUAUUGUUGAUACGGUUAAGGGACAGGAUGCAUUUUUGUAUGUUUUUAUUUUUAUUUUGUCUGGUUUUGAAUAUCUUCUUCCUCAACUCAAUUCGAGUUUUCAUAUUCCUCGGAUUCAAGCGAACCCUCUUCCCCAUUCUCCUCCAAAUCCCUACCUCCUUCUCCUCUAUCCCAAAACCCGCUCCUUCCUUACUAUCUCAACCACCCCUCCCAUUAAACAAAUCCUCCUCUUUCUCCCGAUAAAAAAUAAAUACCACAAAAAAACUAACCUCCUCUCUCUCUUCCCCCCAAAACAGCGGCUGGAACUCCAUAAUCAGCACCACAAACUUCGAAGAUAAAGGUCCAAAUACCGUUUAUGCAGUUGGGACUUUUAAUUAAUUAAUCAGAGGUACUUGUAUUAUCUGAUUUGAUUUGAUCUGGUAUUGGAUGGAUUUAUGAGUAAAGAAGAGAUGGAUGAGAGAGGGAAGAGGAAGGAAGGAAGGAAGGAAGAAAUGUAUUGCAUGCAGUUCAAAUAUUCUUCGAAUUUGGAAUUUCAAACACAAGAUAGAAUAGGUUAAAUCGAACCAAAUUGAAAUGGACAUUUCUUCAU